GAGUGCACGGAUUGGUUGUCAAUAUGUAUGACGUUUGAGGCGUUUAAUGUUUGACAGUGUGUGUACUGUAUGUGUAGUACUGUAUGUGCCGUAUAUUAUAGUGAGUAUACAGUUGUCUAACAAUCCAUACAUUGAUUAUAUCAUCGAAACAAUGGUUCACAAAGUGUCGGAUAAGGCUGAUUUUGACAGUCAGUUGUCAACUGCUGGCACUAAACUAGUUGUGGUUGACUUUUUCGCCACGUGGUGCGGACCGUGCAAAAUGAUUAGUCCUAUACUCGACAAACUCAGUCAAGAUAUGGCCGCAGAUGUGCUCUUCAUUAAGGUUGAUGUCGAUGAAAAUGAGGACAUUGCAAUCGAUAAUAAGGUGACAGUUAUGCCGACAUUUGUUUUCUUCAAGAAUGGCCAGAAAGUGGACGAGUUUUCGGGCGCUAAUGAAAAUAAACUGAAAGAACUGAUAGCUAAACACAAGUAAUUUAAUUGUAAUGAUGUCUUCAAUUGACUCAUUAAUUAGCAAUUUUUGAAUUUUUAAGUUAAUGCUAUUUGAAAAUUAAUUGCUUUUUAUAUAAAAUCACUGUUAUUUAGAUUUAUUUAAAAGAAAAUUAUUUUUUAUAUUGAAGUAUAUUUAAAGUUUAGGGAAAGCUUUCUUUAUUAAUUAAAUUGAAGAAACAGUAAAUGCUUAAUAAUUAC